CCACCCCCUCCCCCAUGUCCCCCCUCCCUGCCGCCUGCGCAUCGCCAACUUCACUUCGCUCCGAGGCGGCGACGCAGCCUCCGCUCCUCUCUCUGCAGGGGGGCCAUGAGCGGCGGGCGCGGCUCGUGAGGAGGAGAGAGCGGCAGCGGCGGCAGCAGCAGAAGAGCGCGGAGGAGGAGGAGGAGAGCGAGGAGGAGGAGGAUGGCGGGCAAGAAGAAGAGGCAGAGCCGGCUGCUGCGCACGCUGGGUCUGGGCCACCACGGCUCGCAGCAGAUCACGCACGCCGUGCAGGGCCCGGGGGGGGCCGCCGCCCCCCCGCAGUGGCCCCAGGCGCCCAUGCCGCCCCACGAGGAGCUGCAGGCCCUCUUCGCGGAGCUGGUGGACGAGUUGGAUCUCCCCGAGAAGAACCGCGCGGACAUGUUCGCUCUGCCCGACGAGAAGAAGUGGCAGCUCUACUGCAGCAAGAAGGAGGAGGAUCCGAACCGCUCGGCCACGAGUUGGCCCGACUACUACAUCGAUAGCAUCAACCAGAUGUCUUCGAUGACCUCGGUGAGUGGCUACAGCCCCGAGGAGCAGGCGGAGCGCGCGCAGGUGGUGGAGGGACUCAAGACGGCGCUGCGCACCCAGCCCAUCCGCUUCGUGACGCGCUUCAUGGAGCUGGACGGCUUGUCGGCGCUGCUGCACUUCCUGGAGCGCAUGGACGAGGACACGGCGUCGGGGCCCGCGCACGCCGCCGCCAUCGGCUGCGUCAAGGCGCUGAUGAACAACGCGCAGGGCCGCGCGCACGUCCUGGCCCACCCCAGCGCCGUGGACGCCAUCGCGCGCAGCCUCGCCGUGGACGCGCCGCGCACCAAGGUGGCCGCGCUCGAGAUCCUGGGCGCGCUCUGCCUCGUGCCGGGAGGCCACCGCAAGGUGCUGCAGGCCAUGGUCAACUUCCAGCAGUUCGCCAGCGAGCGCACGCGCUUCCAGACGCUGAUGAGUGACCUCGCACGCAACACGGGACGUUACCGCCAGGAGCUCGGCCUCAAGACGGCCAUCAUGUCCUUCUUCAACGCCGUGCUCAACGCGGGGCCCGGGAAGGAGAAGCUGGAGUUCCGGCUGCACCUGCGCUAUGAGCUCCUCAUGCUGGGCCUGCAGCCGCUCAUCGACGCGCUGCGCGAGCUCGAGAACACCACUCUCGACAGGCACUUGGACUUCUUCGAGAUGUCGCGGAACGAGGACGAGGCGGAGAUCGCGCGGAGGUUCGAGACGACGCACAUCGACACGCGGAGUGCGGGGCAGAUGUUCGAGGCGAUCCGGAAGAAACUGAGCUUCACGGACGCGUACCCCCACCUCAUGUCCAUCCUCUUCCACUGCCUGCAGAUGCCCUACAAGAAGGUGGGCACUACGGUGCAGCACUGGCAGCUGCUCGACCGCCUGGUGCAGCAGAUGGUGCUGCAGGGCCCACGUGGGGAGGACCCGGACAUCGCGCCCCUCGACAACUUCAACGUCAAGAACAUCGUGCGCAUGUUGGUGAAUGAAGGCGAAGUGAAACAGUGGAAAGAGCAAGCGGAGAAGAUGAGGAAAGAGCACGGGGAGGUGCAGGGCCGCCUGGAGCGCAAGGAGCGUGAGUGCGACGCCAAGACGCAGGAGAAGGAGGAGCUGGAGGGGCUGCUGGGCCGCAUGAAGGAGCGCCUCGAGCGCGAGAGCCUGGAGCUGGGCCGCGCCCGUGAGCAGGCCGCCGCGCUCGCCGCACAGCUGGCCCGCACGGGAGCGGUUCCCGGUGGCCUGGCCCCCGGCAGUCCCGGGCAGGACGGCUCCCUCGCCUCUUCCGCCCUGGGGGGCCCCGCGGGGCCACCACCGCCCCCCGGCGGGGGGCCACCCCCUCCCCCCCCGCCUCCCCCUCCCCCGGGGGGCCCACCCGGGGCUCCUCCCCUGCCGGGGAUGAGCGGCCAGGGCACCACCAAGAGGAAGAACCUCCCACAGCCGUCGCAACCCCUCAAGUCCUUCAACUGGACCAAGCUGCCCGAGAAUAAGCUCGGCGACACGGUGUGGAACGAGAUCGACGACCUCAAAGUCUUCAAGGUCCUGGAUCUGGAGGACCUGGAGAAGACCUUCUCGGCCUACCAGAAGCCUCAGAGGGAUAACGUGGGCUCGACAGAGGACAUCUUGAACGCGAGCCGGAAGGCCAAGGAGCUGAGCGUCAUUGACGGUCGCAGGGCCCAGAACUGCGUCAUCCUCCUUUCCAAGUUGAAGUUGACCAACGAGGAGAUCAAGCGCGCGGUCAUGCAGAUGGACGAGCACGAAGACCUCCCCAAAGACAUGCUGGAGCAGCUGCUGAAAUUCGUGCCGGAGAAGAGCGACGUGGACCUGCUGGAGGAGCACAAGAACGAGACGGAGCGCAUGGCGCGCGCAGACCGCUUCCUGUUCGACAUGAGCCGAAUCCCCCACUACCAGCAGCGGCUGCAGGCGCUCUACUUCAAGAAGAAGUUUGCGGAGCGCGUGGAGGAGUGCAAGCCCAAGGUGGAAGCGGUGUUGGAGGCGUCGCGCGAGGCGCUGAGCUGCGAGAGUCUGCGCCAGCUCCUGGAGGUCGUCCUCGCGUUCGGCAACUUCAUGAACAAAGGGCAGCGAGGGAACGCGUUCGGCUUCCGCAUCGCCAGCCUCAACAAGAUCGCCGACACCAAGUCCAGCACAGACAGGAACAUCACCCUGCUGCACUACCUCAUCACAGUGCUGGAGCGACACUUCCGCGGAGUGUUGGCCCUGCGUUCUGACCUCCAGCACAUACCGGAUGCCGCCAGGGUCAAUUUUCUGGAGCUGGAAAAGGAAAUAAACAACAUCAAGAAGGAGCUCAAGAGCGUCGAGGACGAGCUGGUGUACCAGCGCGCCAGCCCGUCGGGCCAGGGGGAUAGGUUCGUCCCCGUGAUGACGAGCUUCAUCAACGUGGGCAGCUACCGCUUCUCCGAGCUCGAGGAGGCACUGUGCGACGCCAAGCAGAAGUUCAGCUGGGCCGUGGGUCACUUUGGGGAGGAUGCGAGCCGCUCGCAGCCCGAGGAGUUUUUCGGGAUCCUGGACACGUUCCUGCAGGCCUUCACCGAGGCCCAGCACGAGCUGGAGGACUCGAGGAAGAAGAGGGAGGAGGAGGAGAAGAGGGCACGCCUCGACGCACAGAUGAAGGAGCAACGCGAGCGGGAGCGGAGUGCGCGCCGGGCGGCCGCGGGCCCCGACGGGGACCAGGGCGAGUUCGACGAGCUCGUGUCGGCGCUGCGCUCCGGCGACGUCUUCGACAAGGACCUCCUCAAGGUCAAGAGGCAGCGCAAGCGCGUGUCCAGCGCCGUGCCCGAGGCGGGCCGUGAGCGCAACACCAUGGGCCUCUACUGAGCGCCUAUGGCGCCGCCCCACCCGGGGCGGCCCCGGGGGCGGUGGUGAAGCGCGUCCGGGUGCCAGGAGUUGAUGUGUGCCGCCGACAUCUGAAUACCGGCGUUACACGAACUUUGAGAGGUGUGCGCGGGUUUGUUCUUCGGUGGAAAAGUGACGACUCGACCCUUCGGGGCCACGCUCAACAAUGGCUCGUUGGCUAGGAGGAGGGGUCCUUAAAGGACUUGGGGGGGGGGGGGGGAGUCAGCUCACAUUGGAGUUAGCACUGCUCACGCUUGAGUUAACACUGCUCACGCUGAAGUUACCACUGCUCACACUCGUGUUACCACUGUUCACGGUUGUGUUGACACUGUUAAACCUCAUGUUAACUAUACUCUUAGUUUUUUGGGUAAAGUCACGUAGGUAGUGAUUCCAAGAUGCAUCUUGGAAUCCCUGCCUCACUUAUUACAGCAGAUCUGGCUGUGACGGUCCCACUUGAUGACGGAGACUUGUGUUGCCUCCGAAACGCCGUGAUUUUUUAUUAUUUUAUUUCUAUUAUUACUUUUAUUCAUUUUAAUUUCAUUUUUUUUAUCUAGGUGACUUUACCGAAAAAACUAAGAGUAUGAAUCCUUGCAGUCACGAAAGCUUCAAAUCUAGAACUCAUGUUAACUCUUUGCCACUGCUAACGAUUGUGUUAACCAUGUAUCGUGCAACCACUGCUGCUCGCGAUGACGGAGAGGGGUCUGCGAAGGACCACGAUGUCAGACAGGUCAGGUGGUGACCCUGACCCCAUCGAGUCUGACCCUGGGUCUCCGUUUGUCCACGCACUGCGUUGAUCUCGGCGCGUCUCACAGAGAACCCAGCCCUGGCCAGGACCACAACAAGGCGCUCACUUUCUCAGUAUUUUACACAACGCUGCAAGUCUGGCUUGGCAUAGGGAAUAUUGACAUAAGGCACUACCACUAGAGUACAAGGUAUGGCUAUCCAAGGUGUCAAAAUGUAAAUGUGUACAAGUCCCGGUGUGGACUCGACUCCUGUACAAACCGGUGUUGACGUAUGGCACACCAUGGUAUACAGGGCCACUUUGACCACUGUGUGAAUGUCCACAAUCUACGCGAGUCUACUCUAGAUGCACAUACUCCUGUGCACCGGUUUAUGACGAACUCUGUACGUGGGUUGGGCGAGGUGGAGGAUGUGGCCCCCGGAGCCGCGUGCCCCGGACUCCUCCGCCUGACACGGAGACCGGACCCUGGCGUUGUAGCGGCUACCACAGCGGCGUGGCUGUCGAAUGUGCAGGCGGUGCAACUGCUCCGUGCACUGGACAGCGGGGGGGGGGGGGGGGGGCCCUUUUAAUCCCUUUUAAUCCCUUUCAAUCCCUUCACCCUGACCCGUCCCAAGCACUAACUCUGACACUGACCCUGUCACAUUCCAAUCACUAACCCUACCCCAGACCUUGACAUAUCCCAAACACUACCCCUGACCUUGAACUUGACCCGACUUCGUGACUUCCAACGAGACGGGCACAAUCGUGGUGCGGUGUGACAGCCUCUCUCAUCACUCAUUCCCCGCGGUGUAUUCUUUCCCUCUCUCUCCCUCUCUCUUCAUAUCCCACUCGGGGCGGGAUGAAUUCGUGCAUCGUAUACGGAUGGACAGACAUCGCCUCUGCAUGUAUCGUGGAGAUCAAGAAUGUACGUGAAUCGGA